UUGGCAACACUGCCACACUGUCAAAUUCCAGUAAUUAUUCUCCUCUGCCGCUGUUGUUCAAUUGCGAAAUCCUGCGCCCGCUUUAGCCCACAAGCCCUGCAUAUAUUUGCCCGAUCCGCGAGCAGGCGGAGAUCCGUGAAAAGCCAUACGUUUUGAAAGCUAACCGAGCAGUGCGAAAACGUGUCCGGAAAAGCCAAAGGCCAGGCGGCAGCGAGUGCGAAAGAGAGAGCGAGAGCAGGUGACAGCGACACCGACAAGAUUUCCCCGUCCCCCCUCCGCCGCUCAACCCCCGUUUUCGACUGUUUUUUUUGCACGGCACGGGGAAAACCGAAGGAAAAACGAGAUUUUCAAUUGAUUUGCAACGCAGUCCGGCCGGAAAAUGCUAAUAAACCUUAAGGUGAAGACCUUAGAUGCGCGCACCCACGAAUUCAGCAUCGACAAUGAGCUCACGAUCCGCCAGUUCAAGGACCAGAUAGCCGAGAAGACCAACAUCGCGGCGGAGAACCAGCGCAUCAUCUACCAGGGACGCGUUUUGGCCGAUGAGAAGCAGGUGAAGGAGUACGAUGUCGAUGGCAAAGUGCUCCAUGUGGCCGAGCGUCCGCCCUUCUCGCAACGCGGCGCCAACUCCCGCAACAAUGACGAACCCAUGCGCCCCUUCCGCAAUGUGGCACGUCCUCCGCCGCCCGGAAUGCGCACUUCCCCGUAUUUCCGCGCUUUGGACGGCAUGCUGGUGGGCACCAUGGCCAUACCAGUGAACAAUGGUCCCGUGGCAGGGACUCGCCCCACCCCGAAUCGCUACCCGAACUCCUCGUCCUUCUGCAUCAAUCGCAUCACCGUCGCCCUGCACAUGAUCGAUUGCGCCGACAAUAUAGCCGCCUAUCUGGAGAAUCCCGCCGUGGGUCUGAACAAUCAGUCGCUGGACAUUUUGCAGCGCGGUCGCUGGUCCAUGGAGUCCACCGUCGUGGAGGUGGGCGUUUCCUCCACAGAUCUGCCGCGCAACAAUAACAUAAUUGACAUGGUCCAAGAUGCCGUGACCGCAGCUCUUUCGCGCACCGGAGCCCGCAACUAUACGGUGGUGCAGCUGCCCACUGUUUAUACCAAUGAGAAUGGGGAGACGAGUCAGCAGAGAACGGGAGAGGCGGGUACCAGCGAAGGGGCAGGAGCCGCAGGAGCUGCCAGUGACGCCAGCGGGGAGACAACCGCCGCGACUGUUAUCAUUGAGGAUGUGAUCGAAACCGACGAUGAGGCUGCCGACGGAGCCUCAGAUCGCUCGGCAACGCCUACUCCGGAGCCCGAGGCGGAGGGAGCAGUUGGUGGCCAGCCGGUGGCAGCUGCCGAGACUCCCAGCUCCUCGAAUGGAGCUGCCAACGAUGCUGCAGCCGGUGGCGAGGGAGGAAACAACUCGGGACCCAGGCGACGCACUCGUCCGCAGGUCUUGGCCCAAGUUAUACAGCACUAUCGUGGUGUGCAGACCCGUUUGGCACCCUUUGUGGAUCGCUACUAUGAGAUCCUUCAGAAUGAUCCGACUUUCGAGGAGAGUGACACUGCUGGUCGCGAGAAUGCCCAGCGCAUCUUUGACCGCGUCUCGGAGGCUUUCCACUACCUCUCCCACGCCCAGCAUGCCAUUUCCGAUUUGAUGCUGGAUUUGUCGCAGCCGGGACCGCGUGUGCUCACCUGUCGACCCAUUCUGGUCGAGCAGAGCGGCUACAUACGCUCGAAUAACAUUUUCACGCCCAACUUUUUGGCUCCGCCACCGGGUCUGCUUAACGAGCCUUUCCGCGGUAGAGCUCCCGGUUCUGCUGCCGCUGCUGGCACACAAACACCCACCACGGCAGGAACUCCCAGUGCUGUGGGCCCGCCGCAGGCCAGCAAUCUGCAGGCGGCCACCGAUGCCAGCCGGAGUGCGGCGGCCAUGGCGGAGAUAGCCAGUCGGGCGGCUGGAGCGGCUGCUGAGAUGGCUGCCGGUGCAGCCAGUGCCGCGGCCGCAGCUGCUCGUGGUUUGGCCAGUGACCACGUCGAGGAUCCCGUCGAUGAGCCCAUGGUGGCGCCGAAUGCAGCUAUCGGGACGCCACAAGGUCAGCAGCAACCACGUCUCGAAAUGGAUCACGAUCACGAUCAAGAUCAAAACGAAACUCCUGAAAGAGAGAUGCGAGCAGCGCCUAGGCUGCGUGUCUAUGUGCCAGUGACCCUGCCACCGCCCAAUCCCCAACUGGAGAUGGCUCGCAGUAUUCUGGCAAUGGUCAAUGGUCAACGGCCGAACGAUGUUCAUGUGGAGUUCAAUGCGCCCAAUGUCAUGUCGAUUAACUUGCCCGUGCAUGUGAUGACCGCAGUGCGUCAGGCACCUGCUCCAGGUGCACAGGCCACGGAAACUGCGGCACCUUCGGCUCCCACUGAAGAAUCAUCACCCGAAAGUGCUCCUGCUGCCGGUGACUCUCCCAAUGCCGCCUCCACUUCGAGUGGAACGCGCAGUGCAGACCAGAGGGCCAACACUUUGCCCACAACCUCCACACAAACGCGCUCGACUUCAAGGCCACAGAUUCAGAUUGGCGGCAACAACAACUGGGGCGGACGCAUUGCGCCCACACACACGGCAUUCGACCGCUUCCUGCCUUGCAAUAGUCAUCACAUCCGGGAGCCAGAGCCGCUGCCCCAUAGCAACAAUGCCAGCGGUGCAAGCGCCAACCGCGGCACCGGCACAGCGGCUGUAGGAGGAGCUGCCGCCGUCGUCUCGCCCACAGCCGCCGUAGGAACUCGUCCUGUCACCACUGGUCGCAUCCAGCGCGGCAGUGCCACCGUCCGCCCGAUGUGGUCGUCGCGUCGUCAGCGACCCGCCAGCGAGCAACUGAGCAGCCUUCGUCCGGCAGCCUGGGCGCAGGCGCAUUCGCAGACCCAGACCCCCCAUAUCCAAGCCGCCCACGUUGGUGGUGGCAGCACCAAUGGGGCCGGAAUCGGAGCCGGAGCCGGGAGAGUGCGGCCCACGGGAGGAUCGCCCAUCAGUCGCGAUCGGCUGGCGGCUCGAACGGCCCUCGUUGGUGGUGGCAGCACCAACGCAGGCCUGACCUCCACCCGUCGGGGGCGACUCGCGACCGCCACCGGUCGCCUGUCCAGACAAUUUCCCACCCUACUCGCUAAUUUUUUGCUUAAUAAUCUGAGAAAUAAUGCGCAAACAGCUUCGGCAGGCAGCGCCGUCGCCACCGCCGCCGUGGGAGCUUCAUCCACCACGUCGUCAGGAGAGGCUGCCACAGCGGCUUCUACCACCUCGUCUGCGCCACCGCAAGCAGUUCUCUCGACAGCCACACCUUCUCCAGGCGGUGGAGAUUCGGGCAACCUGCGUUCGCAGCUGCGCAGCUUCCUCAACGACAGUCUCUUUGUCGGCGUGCCCAUCAACGAGCAGACGAUUCCGGGAGCCAUUGGUCGCGCUUUGGAGUGGUUCGGCGAGAGCCUGGUCUACCUGCCGCAGUACGAGCGCCCGGAGUACAACUCCCGCGACUCGGUGUGCAACAUCCUGCGCGUCAGCCUUCGCUUGAUCAUCGAGCUGUGCAGUGCGGCUCCCGGCGGAUCGGAUGGCGCCCAGUUCGAGCAGAGCCUGAAGCAGAUAUGCGACCAGUUCCGCAAGCGGCUCUACAGCGUCCUCUUUCUGUGUCUCGGCAGCGCCAAUGCAGAGCUCUACUGGCGCCAGCUAAUGCGUCUUCUGUGUGCGCCCAUGCGAUCCAAUUUCCAAAAUGAAGCCCUGCAGUUCCUGUGCAUCUACAUAGACCCCACAAUCCCCGCACAGACGGACACCGUGGAUGCCCAACAGUUUCUGGUCCUUCGCAGCGUUCAGGCAGCCCCUCCCACAGAUGCCGCAGAACAGCAGCAGCCGCAGCAGCAAACUCUGGACACGGAUGUGGAGAUGGCUGAAGUGGCCACCAGCAGCAGCAGCAGCAGCACACCCGCAGAAGCCCAACUGCCCGCCGUGCUGGUGGGCUCGGAGCCCUGGCACAUGAGUUUCCCCAAUGACUGGUUGCCUGUGAUAACGCGCGACCUGCAGACCCAGACUGAGCAGAAUGGCCGCCCCCAGCCGCCCUUCUCCGAUGCCUACAUCUCGGGCAUGUCCGCCAAGAGGCGUAAGAUUAUUCAGUCAGAGAAACCGACGGCCAGCGUGGAGUGCCUCAUCGCCAACGGAGUGCAGAGGGCCAUCCAGAGCGCCGGCUUGGGGGGAACCAGUGGUAGUGCUUCAAGUUCCUCGAUCAGUGUGGAUGCCGUAAUCGGAUCCAUUGCUCACGAUUCCGCCAUCCAGGCCUCCUACACGGAUGCGGUGCGGAAUAGUGUAAAGGAGCGCAUCAAGCAGGAUGCGGAUUUCAAGUCCAGCAAGUAUCCGCAGAUCGCCAAGUUCGCCGAGCAAAAGUAGGAGGCCGAUGGAAGCCACCUUGUGCUUGUUGUACAUUUUACUUUAAAGAAUUGUAUUUAAUUUAGUUAAAGGCUAAGUUCUGUUUAAAUCGAGAAGACGACGAAGAUUGCGACAACACCAACACACGGAGAGGACCUUUAGCAAAUGCUUCAACCUAUAUAGAAUAAUAAUAUGCAACUGAUAUGUAUCCACACACCACACACUAAGGGACACAACACAGAGCCCGAGCAAAAGCGCUUUUUCGGCUGCGACAACGGAGCAAAAUAAACACACUUAUUAACUGAAACAAUGGCGAUUGGAAAUGGAUUGAAUGGAGGGACCACACAGCGAGUGGAAUGCUUUCAAUUGUCCCAAAUGGCGGUGGCGUCCCCUCGUCGCGUGACGUGGUGGAGGAAAAGCAGAUCCGAGCCGUGACGACAGCCGAAUUCCAAAUUCCAGCCAAAUAUUUUGGCCGGCGCCAAUUCCCCAUUGACGUGGGCCGAUGGCACAUGAUUGCUGGAUGACCGAUGACGAAUGUGCAGAUCAUCUCAAGUGGAUAACCCUUCAGCAGAAGCACUACAGGAGGCAUAUCCAAAACAUCUUACAUCUAGCAUCCCAAUUCAAUUUUACCGUCAUCGAAAUUCCAAGCCUACGCUACUCUUGUUAUUGUUGUCGUCCGCAAUCGAAACACGAAAAUGUGUCACAUGAAAAUGUUGAAAAUAUUUAUGUGCAAAAAAAAGAAAUACCUAGAAUUGGCAAAACAUGAAUAAAAAUAAUAAUUCAUA